CACCUCCGACAUUUAUGAGUGAUUGAUCGGCGUGAUGACGGCCAACAGCCGCUGCUCCGCCGCGGAGCCGCCGGGCCUGGAGACCCAGCGACGGGAGAUCGAGUCUCUGCUGCGGGAGUGUGAGCUCCGCGCUGGGGACAGCUGGUACGUGGUGGAUCGCCGCUGGUUUGAACAAUGGAAGGAGUUCGUGGAGACCGGAGACCAGAACUCGACGUCUUUUCCCGGUCAGAUCGACAACACGGAGCUGUUCGAGGACCUGGACUCGUACCACCUGAAGGACCGUCUGGUGGAGAACGAGGACUUUGUGUUGGUGCCGACUGAGGUGUGGCACAAGCUGCUGGCCUGGUACGGCAUGGUGGACGAUCAGCCGCCGCUGGAGCGCAAGGUGGUGGACCUACCCAGCACUCUGAAGGUGGAGGUUUAUCCCGUUGAGAUCUUCCUCUGCCUCCACAGCAACAUGGAGAACGUCAUCACUGCAAAGUUCAGCCGAGCCGACAGCAUACAUUCGAUCCAGGGGGCGAUGUGUGAGGCCUUCUCGGUAUCGCCGGGCUCAGAGUGCCGUCUGUGGAUGAAGAGUUCGGACAGCAGCUGCGAGCGUCUCAGGAACGUCCACAUGAGCGUGUUGGACGCCUGCUUGAGCUCAGGGAUGACGGUGAUCAUGGAGACGAGGAAUGCCGACGGCACCUGGCCGAGCUCCAGGCCUCAGAUAACGAGGAACUCUGUGGAGGAGCAGGACUCGUACAGAGGGCAGCCGGGGGUCUGCGGCCUCACCAACCUGGGAAACACCUGCUUCAUGAACUCCGCUUUACAGUGUCUGAGUAACACUCCCCCCCUGACGGAGUACUUCCUGCGGAACGCUUACGUGGAUGAGCUGAACUUCACCAACCCUCUGGGGAUGAAGGGAGAGAUCGCCGAGGCCUACGCUGACGUCGUCAAGCAGAUGUGGUCUGGGAGGCAUUACUCUGUGGUGCCGCGCGUUUUUAAGACGAAGGUGGGCCAUUUUGCGUCUCAGUUUCUGGGUUACCAGCAGCACGACAGUCAGGAGCUGCUGUCCUUCCUGCUGGACGGGCUGCACGAAGACCUGAACAGGGUCAAAAACAAAGAGUAUAUCGAACUGCGGGACGCCGACGGCCGACCAGACCAGGAAGUGGCUGAGGAGGCGUGGCGUAAUCACCUUCGGCGGAAUGACUCUGUCAUCGUCGACACGUUCCAUGGCCUCUUCAAGUCCACGCUGGUCUGUCCCGAGUGCCACAAGGUCUCUGUGACCUUUGACCCCUUCUGCUACUUGAGCGUCCCACUUCCUGUCAGCAGGGAGCGUGUCAUGGAGGUGUUCUUCGUCUCUCUGGACCCGUACGCCAAACCCGUCCAGCAUCGUGUCCUGGUUCCUAAAGCGGGAAAAGUGUCCGACCUCUGCUCUGCGCUGUCAGACAUGACCAGCGUACCGCCCACAGAGAUGGUGGUGGCUGAUGUCUUCAAUCAUCGUUUCUAUAAGAUCUACAACAUGGAUGAAUCUCUGAGCUGCAUACUCGACCGAGACGACAUCUUUGUGUACCAGCUGAGCGUGCUGGAGGAGCAGCCGGAGGAGCAGGUGCUGCUGGCGCUCUACCUGAGGGAGCGCUCGCACUACAGAGACUACGGCUCAGGCGGCAGCUCGUACGGCACGUCGCUGUUCGGACACCCGCUGCUGCUCAACGUGCCGCGCAGCAGCUGCAGCCAGGAGGCGCUCUACAACCUGUUCCUGCAGAGACUGGCGCGCUACGUCAGACUGCCUGAUCCCUCCGAGGAGUUGGAGGAAGAGGAGGAAGAUGAUGAUGAAGAGGAACUAUACAAGACUCAGACCAAUGGCAUCAGUGAUGAGGAAGAGCAGGAGGACGUGGAGAGUGCUGGACCCCCCCAGACAGAACCCCCCCAGACAGAACCCUCCUGUGGUGACGCAUCCCCCAACAGCCAAUCAGAUGGCAACGCCACAACUGGGCCGCAGGCUGAUCUGAACCACGCUCAGCCCUUGCUGGACCAUGGGGAUGCAGAGGCCAGUAACGGUUCAGUGAGCCAGACUGAGCCCGUCUGCAGCGCAGACACCAACAGCACCGACGACAUGGAGCCCUGCGAGCACUCGGACGGCCCCGCAGAAGCCGAUGGCGCCUCAGAACUGCCGGCGCAGCAGCCCUGCGAGACGGCAGAAGAAGAAAAUGAAGAAGACAAGCAGGAGGAGGCGUGCUCUCCCAGCCCGUCAGCCAAUGAGCAUCCGGCUAAGAGGAGGGCGUGUCACGUGAGGAGGAAAUGUCUGUUCAGCAUUCAGGCGGUCAACUCCAACGGGACGACCGAGAGGGGGAUGGGAGAGGGAGGAAGUGCCGUGUCCUUCAGCUCUCAGCCCUACGUGGCCAUCGACUGGGACCCCGACAUGAAGAAGAAAUUCUACAACGAGAACGAGGCCGAGAAGUACGUGAAACAUGCCAGCAUGGAGGUCCCUCAGCAGCAGAUGACCGUUCAGCUGCAGGAGUGCAUCGAGCUGUUCACCACCGUGGAAACGCUGGAGGAGGAGAACCCAUGGUACUGUCCGGUGUGUAAGAAGCACCAGCUGGCCACGAAGAAGCUGGAUCUCUGGUCCCUGCCAGAGGUUCUCAUCAUCCACCUCAAGAGGUUCUCCUACACCAAGUUCACCAGAGAGAAGCUUGACAGUAUUGUGGAGUUCCCCCUCAGAGACCUCGACUUCUCCGGCUUCCUCCUGAGGAAGACUCUCUCCAGUGAGGAGCCUCCGAGCCGCUAUGACCUCAUCGCUGUGUCCAAUCACUAUGGAGGACUCAGAGACGGACAUUACACCACCUACGCGAAGAAUAAGGAUAACGGUCAGUGGUAUUACUUUGACGACAGCAAGGUGACCUACGCCAGAGAGGACCAGAUCGUGACCAACGCUGCCUACGUUUUGUUCUACCAACGACAAGACAAGAUCAGAAAACCCACGCUGCCCGCCCCCAACACAAGCCCCGCCUCCUCAAGCCAGACAGCCAACGACAUCACUUCCUGCAAAGACAACGAGGACGAUGCGGGCUCGGGCGCUGCCGCCACCACCUCCUACAUCACCAUGGAUACAGAAUGAGUUGGAUUUUUGGUAAUUGGUUUCCUCAUCAGAGCAGCAUUUUUGUGGGUUUUUUUUUUUUUUUUUUAGAUUUCCAAUUUUAUUUAUUUUUUCAAAUUUUUUUUUUUUGGUGACAACACUUGAACUUCCUUUAAUGACUCUUUUUCAUUCCGAGUUACCAAAAGCAGCAAAAAAGCACACUGACAGGCUGGAGCUCCCGGCUCCUUUUCUCCUCCUCUACCGUUUGCUGUUCGCUCGCUGAGGUGAACUGUUGAUACUCAGGUAGUUUGGUGCACAGACACUGAAGGGGCCGUUUGCUGGAGGGAGGAGCUGAAUACAGAAACUUCCCUCUUCAGGGAGGAAACGGAAAGUUUUUAAUCCUCCGACUGUUCAGUUAUAAGUUAUGAGUGUUUGUAACUCUGCCACAUUUACAGACUUUAUUUUUAUUUAGUUACCACAUUCAAAAAUUUCUAAAAAGCUGUUAUACAAAUUAAAAUAAUUUACAUUUGAAGCGCUCACCCUGAGUAAUUUCUCUAGAGCAGUCAGCCAAUCAGCAUCAGCUCUGUCAAAGUCAGCCGACCGACGAGCUGAGCAGAAACUGUGCGAGCGGCUGAAUUCAUUCACAUCGUUGCGUUAUAAAUAUUCAAACUGAGUGUUUAGUGCAAUUAUUCAGGCUGAGCAAAUAAAGGCUGAACGUCUGCCGCUUGUAGCGGCCGCGUGUGGUAGUAAUAAAAUUAUUUAUAUAAAGUUUCAGUAAACUGAGGCAAACUUUGCUGAAGUGUUUCUGGGACCUUUGAGUGUUUUGUGACGUCCUGCACAAACAGCUGCUGGCUGGAAAAAAAAGCUUUUAAAUAAAUUUUCCACCUUUUCCCGAAGCAGCAUGUUGGAAGUGUUUCCAUCUCAUGCCGUGAUUACAGAACAAAGGAAGCAGAAUAAUUAAUCUGACUUUGAGAUGUUAAUUUAGUGAUUUUUUAUUAUCAGAUCCUGUAAAAACUACCCCCCCCCAUUCAUCCUGAAGCAGAUAUCAAAUCCAGUGAUCUGCCUUUAAUUAAAAAUCCAGCUCUGAACUACAGUUUCACUUCAUUCUGAGAGGAAUAAAAACUAUCAAAUACUAAUCUAUAAAGCAUAAUUUAACGUCUUCUGCUGGCAAAAUUAUUAACCAGUAAACUUAUUUCUUCUUUUUGAAUGAGCACACCAAGAUUGUUCACUGAGGGGGAUUAUGGGUAAUCAGAGGAUGAACAAAUCUGUCAGGGAUGAGAAACGAAUUUUUCUCUGUAUAUUUUAGUUGUUUUCUUUCUGGUAUUUAUUGUUUUAAUGGAAUAACUGCAGCUGUCACAUGACUACAGGUGGGGCGGGACAUUGAGAAGCUUAUUUUUCGUAUUUAAUUCAGGCUGAAAGCAGACAGGAUGGUGUGCACGUGGGCGCAGGGCGAGCUCCUCACUGAUUUUUAAAACCAGCGCUGUGUACAGUAUUUUUGUAUUGUAAGUAACAUGAGAUUAAUAUGAUCAUUCCUGGGUGGAGCAGCAGGGAGGCUUGGGGUGAUUUUUUUCUUUGGUCUUCCCUGUCAAAUAUCAGAUGAAUAUUUUAUUGUACUUCCAAUCUUUUGAUAUGAAUAAAAACCAUGAUUAUU